CGCGCGCAGCAUGUGGCGUCACAAGAGCGCGAUUGUUUCCUCCGUUUACUGACGAGUUCUUGCGCUGAACUGCAUCACAGUCACCAGGGAUGAAACGCUGAGGAAUAUGAGCCGUAUCUCUGCAGGAUGUGGGUGUGCUGGGCCGGUAAACACACUUCAGGGUUGUUUGUCUAGUUAGUGACUCACCUUCACGACUCUUUAGUGUUCAUAUGUCAGCGUGGCGGAUGCGAGGCGUGUGUGCAGUGCUGUGCUUCGGCCUGGUGGCGGCGCUGCAGGCUCAGCAGGGCCACCGAGCGCAGGUGUAUGGACACCCGUGGGUGACGGAGAACUGCCGGCGGCUCUCCAUGCUCCUCAGACACAAGCACUCGGCCGUGCGUAAGCUGGGCUCGGCGGCGCUGGUUCUGGAGCGGGACGGGUCGCUGGCGCCGAACGAGAAGCUGUUCCGCAUCCACACGCUCGAGGUGUUCCAGCGCGAGCUCAACGAGAGCGAGCGCUCCCUCUUCCAGGCCGUGGAGGGCCUCCAGCGGGUGCUCACGGGGAACCUCCGAGACAUCGUCAACAUGAGGGACAGCAGCCGGCAGCGGCUCCAGGCGCUCAGGGAAGCCGCCAUCAAGGAGGAGCAGGAGUACAUGGAGCUGGUGGCAGCGGAGAAACACCAGCAGGAGGCGCUGAAAGUGGCGCAAGACCGAAACAAAACCCUGUCCAUGCUGGAAGAGAUCCUGGAGGACGUGAGGAAAGCUGCGGACCGGCUGGAGGAGGACAUCGAGGAGCACGCCUUCGACAACAACAAACAGAUGAAGGGGGUGAACGUGGAGGCUGUCCUGAGGGUGGAGGAGGACGAGGAGGACGGGAAGAGGAAGAACGUGUCCAUGCGUGUGGUCGAAGGCAAUCUGGGGCUCGGCAUGCUGAUCGACUCCCAGAAUAACCAGUAUGUGCUGACCAAACCACGCGACUCCACCAUGUCCCGCGCAGACCACCACUUCAUCAAGGAUCUGGUGUUGGUGGUGAUGAUGUCUCUGCCGUGUGGAUGGUUGUGUGCGCUGAUGGGUCUGCCGCCCAUGUUCGGUUACAUCAUCUGUGGGGUUCUGCUCGGCCCAUCGGGACUCAACAGCAUUAAAUCUAUGGUUCAGGUGGAGACGUUGGGAGAGCUCGGCGUGUUCUUCACUCUCUUCGUGGUCGGGCUGGAGUUUUCACCUGAACGCCUCCACAAGGUGUGGAGGAUCUCGCUGCAGGGCUCUGGGGGCCUCAGUCUGCUGAUGGUGUCCGCUGGUCUGCUCUGGGGUAAGAUGCUCCACCUUCAGCCCUCACAGACCGUCUUCAUCUCCUGCUGUCUGUCUCUCUCCAGCACUCCACUAGUGUCUCGCUUCCUAGCCGGAGGAUCCAGAGUUGAGUCCAAGGAGGGUGAGCUGGACUACAGCAGUGUUUUACUGGGAAUGCUGGUCAUGCAGGACGUGCAGCUCGGCCUGUUCAUCGCCGUCAUGCCCACAUUCAUUCAGGGAGGAACUGGAGACACGGACAGUGUGCUGAUGGGAGCUCUGCAUGUUCUGGUUCUGCUGGCUCGGGUUCUGGUGUCUCUGGCCGGUGUGCUGAUGAUGUGUUGGAUCCUGCGCUCGCAUCUGAUUGGCCCGUUCUACAGGAAGCUGCACGCGGAGAGCAAAGGGAACAAGGAGAUCCUAGUGCUGGGAACCAGUGCCUUCGUGUUCCUGAUGCUGACGGUGACCGAGUUCAUGGACGUGUCGAUGGAGUUGGGAUGUUUCCUAGCAGGAGCGCUUCUCUCAUCACAGGGUCACAUGGUCACCGCUGAGGUCAUGAGCUGCGCCGAACCAAUCAGAGACUUCCUGGCCAUCAUCUUCUUCGCAUCUAUUGGGCUGCACGUGUUCCCGACCUUCGUCCUGUACGAGCUCACCAUUCUGCUAGUCCUGACCUUCUCGCUGGUCAUCAUGAAGUUCCUGAUGGCGGUUCUGGUUCUGUCGGCCGCGCUCCCGCCGGGCUCUCGGCACAUGCGCUGGCUGGUGUCGGCAGGACUGGCUCAGGUCAGCGAGUUCUCCUUCGUCCUGGGCAGUCGCGCUCGCCGGGCCGGCAUCAUCUCUCGAGAGGUGUAUCUGCUGGUCCUCAGCGUCACCACACUCAGCCUCCUCCUGGCUCCGGUGUUGUGGAGAGCCGCUACGAUCCGAUGCAUCCCGCGACCCGACCGGAAAACAUCACCUGAGACUCUCCGGAGACGCUCACGGCAAACUAAUGCAUCAUAUUGAUGCAGUGAGAAACACAAGGGCAGAUGAUCAAGUACAGCAUUAAAGCAUCAGUUCACUUCAGAAUUAAAAUCUCCUGAUAAUUUACUCUCCCAC